AUGGCCCAAUACGUCGCAGCAAACAACCUGAGCCCGACGACAUCCAACCCUCCUGCCACUUCAGCUGCUGCUGCUCCUCCCGCCCCGUCUUCAGCCGCUGCCGCCGCUGCCCAGCCUGGUUCAGCACAGCAUAAGCGCGUCUAUCAGGCCUGUAUCCCAUGUCGUCGGAGGAAAGUCCGCUGCGACCUGGGAAGCGUCGACAAUCCCCACGACCCUCCCUGCGUACGAUGCCGCCGCGAGAGCAAAGAAUGUUACUUCAGCGCUACGAGACGAAAGCGCAAGACGGAGGACGGCGUAGACGAGCCCGAAGAGGUCGACGAGUAUACCAUACGAAACGGCCGUAAGCGCCUCCACGUCAGCGACAGCCCUCCCGUUGCCAUCGACCGCCGACUCUACAGCGAAGUCCCUCUCACUCCCGGCGGCUCCAUCGGUCGAACCCAGCCCCUUCGUCGACCGACCGACCCCGGUGUCCCCACGAGCUCACACGGCGCCGUCACCCCGAGCACCGUCAGCCAGGCGGACAGCAGCCGACGCGCAGAGUUCGGGACCUUCGAGGACGAGCCCAAUGCCCAGCUGGAGAACCACGAGGCCGCGGAUCUCAUGCGCCCCGGCGUCUACGGCCCCCACGAUGCGUUGGACCUGCUCUAUAAGGCGGCCACGGAUAGGUCAGUCCAGCUCCGUAUCGUCCAAGACGCGGCUGCUUACCCCCCGGCCCACAGCCCCGCGACGAACCAUCACAAGCGCCACGAGAGCGUUGCCUCCAUACCGGCCAUGCCUCCGCAGCCCGUGAUUGUGACCCCGGGAGCCACCAUGAAGCCCAUGGGCGCCGGCCGGCCGUCCGUGUCCGUCCAGCCGGAGGCGCAGCCCAUCGAUCCGGAGCUGCUCUCGACGAAGCGGGACCUUUCUGGGGAGCCUGGAUACCAGGAUGCGGUCAAGGCUUGGGGGAGGUUCAGAUUUGUCAGGGCUGGUUGGUUUUCCGCGCAGGAGGCCAUUGAGUACAUCGAUUAUUACUACGAAUAUCUUUCACCACUUACACCCAUCUCUCCGCCGACGUUCCGAAACCCCGCGUCGCAUCUUACUCUCCUGACGGAAGAGCCCAUUCUUACAAUCACCCUCCUCACCAUUUCAUCGAGGUAUCGAAAGAUUCCGGGUACAGGUGGACACUGCCGAUCUCAUGCGAUUCACGAACAGCUCUGGACCUACCUCCGGGGAAUGAUCGAAAGAUGUCUUUGGGGCCAGGAGGCAUUUGGAGGUGGAUUUGCUGCAAUGGCAGGGGCUUCGUCGGUCAUCGAGGAUCAGACGAGCAGCACGGCGCCUUGGCGCGGUAUGAGGAAGGGAAGCCUGCGGACGCUGGGCACCGUCGAGUCUCUGAUGAUUCUCACGGAAUGGCACCCCCGCGCGCUUCAUUUUCCUCCGGCUGAGGCCAUCGAUGAGCUGAUGCUCCCCUCAUACGAAGGCAGCGAUUUGAUCAGCACCGAUGAGAACGGAAACCAGCGGCCAUCGGCCAACAUUGGCGGGCGCAGACUCGAUAGCUGGCUCGAACCCGCUUGGAGAAGCGACAGGAUGUGCUGGAUGCUUCUCAGCACCGCCAUGGGCCUCGCCUACGAGCUCGGGGUCUUUGACGAUAUUGACGAGCUACUUCGCGACGGUGCCAUCACUCGCCCAGAGUACGAGGAGGAGACGUACCGUCAGCGCGCAAACCGGAUCAAGCGCUUGCUGUUGAUCUAUCUUACCCAGCUUGCUGGUCGUCUUGGUUGGACAAGUAUGGUUCCUGAGGUCCUGCGCAAGAGCGACCCGGCCGUGACUCGCCGCCGUCCGGUAUCAACCGAAGGUACAACCCCGGGCACCAACCCGUCUUCGAUGUCCAACGCCUUCAACUACAUCCCCGACCUCGAGCUUGAUGACCAGAUCAUUCACUGCUGGGCUGGGAUCAGCAACGCCAUGCAUAUUGGCAACGAGAAGUUCUUCAGAUCUCGAAAGCAUACCACCGACAUCAUCCAGAGCGGCAAGUACACCGACCUCCUGAAGGAGUUCCAGCCCCUGUUGCAAGAUUGGUGGAAAGAAUUCGAGCGGUACAGGCUGCCACCGUACAUCAGGCACAUUCUCACCAUCGAGUACGAGUACGUGCGCAUCUACGUCAACUCGCUGUCUCUGCAGGCAGUCGUUGAGCGUUGCACCAACAAUGCCGAGCGCGCAGGCCAUGUCGCGCACGGCAAUCACAACGCAGGAAGCGCUGCGCAGCUUUCGCCGCAGACGCAGAACUACUUUGGAAAGCUGCCCCUGGGACAGCUUGGUGGCUUCGGCGCGACCGACCAGGAGUACAUCAAGGAAGUCAUCAGCGGUAGCCGCAACCUGCUCAGGACCGUGGUCGAGGGUCUUCUUCCAGGAGAAUACCUCAAACAUGCCCCUGUCAGGACCUACUUCCGCAUCAUCAGCGGCGCCAUGUUCUUGCUUAAGACCUUCGCACUUGGUGCGCCGCGGUCCGAUGUGAAGAUGAGCAUCGACUUGAUGGACCAGACUGUUGAAGCGCUCCGCAACUGUGUCGUCGACGACGUUCAUCUGGGCAUUCGCUUUGCUGACUUGUUGGAGUCUUUGACUCGGCGUCUUCGUAACCGUUUCAUUCAGGCGCCUACACUGGGGCAUGCAUCUGCGGAUGGAAGAAGCCCAGAUCCCCAUGGUGUCACCGAUGGCGCUGGUGCUGCGAAUGGUCAGGUGGUCAACGGUGUCGGUGGCCAGAACUGGUCCAACCAUCCUGGCAAACUGGGACUCGGUACUCAUGAAGACCCCAACGCCAUCUCAGCAACGCCCUUUGACCUUACAACAGGAAACUUUCCCUAUCCCUCCGGAGCCGCCUCCGUUCUCGGCCCCUCCACCCCGGCACCCCACCCGGAAACCACCACCAAUAAUAACAACACCACUACCAACAACACGGCCGGCUCGACGUCCGGAAUGGACAACUUGUUCGACUCUACGGACUGGAACAACCCAAGUAACGAGAUGUGGUACCUCCCCACAGGUCCGGCCUUCUUCCAGAACAUGGACAACACAGCCGUCGCGAUGACGGCCGAGGGUGUCAACGUCGGUGGCCUCGACCUCCUCGAGUACAUGGCCAUGGACAACUUCAACGUCAUGGAAGGCACCAGCAACGGCGCACCGCCGUCGUACCCCUGA